UAGUCCCUGGGUCGGUCUGUCCUGAGAAAGCAAUCUCUGUCCAUGGGUCCGUGCUCUGCCCGCCCGCCACGCAUCUGCCCUUCUCUUCUGACUCCGCCCCACAUCUGUCCGGAACCGCCUUGCGUCUGAGCUGACCCAGUGCGCUUCUGCCAGUCAGUCCCUCCGGACCUGCCGCAAGUCUCAGACUGCCGAAACCACCGCGCGUCACUCGCCUCAACAGUGUUACUGAGUCUGCUUUUAGCUUCCUUCGCCUUGGCUUUUUCUGUUCGUGAACAGCUGCUUGGCCCAUAGCUUAGAGAAAGCAGACUUUUCUCUCCUAAGAGAGCCUCCUCCCUGUGCUCAGAGAGAUGGGGAGUGGGGAGCCUAAUCCUGCUGGCAAGAAAAAGAAGUACCUCAAGGCUGCCCUGUAUGUGGGUGACUUGGACCCAGAUGUCACCGAGGACAUGCUUUAUAAAAAGUUCAGGCCUGCUGGCCCUCUGCGCUUCACCAGAAUCUGCCGUGACCCAGAGACCCGCAGCCCUCUGGGCUAUGGCUAUGUUAACUUCCGCUUUCCUGCAGAUGCUGAGUGGGCCCUGAACACCAUGAAUUUUGAUCUGAUUAAUGGCAAACCAUUCCGCCUCAUGUGGUCUCAGCCAGACGACCGCUUAAGAAAGUCUGGAGUUGGAAAUAUAUUCAUCAAAAACCUGGACAAAUCCAUAGACAACAGGGCUCUUUUUUAUUUGUUUUCUGCUUUUGGGAACAUUCUCUCUUGCAAAGUUGUAUGCGAUGACAACGGCUCUAAGGGUUAUGCCUAUGUGCACUUUGACAGCCUGGCAGCUGCCAAUAGAGCCAUCUGGCACAUGAAUGGUGUGCGGCUCAACAACCGCCAGGUGUAUGUUGGCCGAUUCAAAUUUCCAGAAGAGCGGGCAGCUGAAGUUAGGACCAGGGAUAGAGCAACUUUCACCAAUGUUUUCGUUAAAAACUUUGGCGAUGAAGUAGAUGAUGAAAAACUGAAGGAAAUUUUCAGUGAAUAUGGGCCAACCGAGAGUGUUAAGGUAAUAAGAGAUGCCAGUGGGAAAUCUAAAGGCUUUGGAUUUGUAAGAUAUGAGACACACGAGGCUGCUCAGAAGGCUGUGCUAGACCUGCACGGAAAGUCCAUCGAUGGGAAAGCCCUAUAUGUAGGGCGAGCACAGAAGAAAAUUGAACGUCUGGCUGAAUUAAGGCGAAGAUUUGAAAGGCUGAAAGUCAAAGAAAAAAGUCGGCCUCCGGGGGUGCCUGUCUAUAUUAAGAACUUGGAUGAGACCAUCGAUGAUGAAAAACUAAGGGAGGAAUUUUCUUCCUUUGGAUCAAUUAGCCGAGCCAAAGUGAUGGUGGAAGUGGGGCAAGGCAAAGGGUUUGGUGUAGUCUGUUUCUCCUCUUUUGAAGAGGCUACCAAAGCAGUGGGUGAGAUGAAUGGUCGCAUGGUGGGCUCCAAACCGCUGCAUGUGACCCUGGGCCAAGCCAGGCGCAGGUGGUGAGAAUAAGAAUGUUCAAUUUGUUUCAGCCUUAAGCUGGUGCCUACUUAGUUUGGGCUACUUUGUGAUAAAAGGUUAUUUUAUGCCAAUUCACAGGUUUUUUUUAAGUGAGUAUUUUCUUUUUUUAAAAAAAAGUGAGACUAGAAAAUCUUGUUCAUUUUAGUGAAGAACAUAAUUUCUAAUUGUAAAACUGUCAUUUUGUACUAAUUUUUGAUGUAAUAUUCUUAGGAUUAUGGAGAAUAAAGUUUACUUCUCCACACAUUUGUUUUCCUAAAUGAGUCGAGGUGAAGUAACUGAGUAUAUUUUCUUCCUAUUUCAAUACUACUACUAAAUUUGAUUUCUUCUAUGAAAAUAUUCUCAAAAUGCUCCGUACUUCUGAUUCUAUCACAGUACAAACUUCUAAUUUGCUUUUUGACAAAUCAAUAGCACAGGGGGAAAUGUAUGUGGUCCAGUUAUCAUUUGUGCAUAAUUUGACUUUAAAUUAUUAAUUAAUAUGAAUAUUCUUUGAAAAAGAUUUGAGCUUUUUUCUUUCCUUUAUUUAUAUUAUUUUCAUUUUAAAAUAUAUUUUGGGCAUACCACAAACUGAAUAGUGACUGUGACUAAGUGUUGGGAGUUUUUUUUAUUAACUUCAUACUCAGAGAAAUAAGCAUAUUGGUGUUUUUAUCAAUCAGUACCUUAGGAAAUUAAUACUUUAGGCAUUAAUUUUUUAAAUUAUUAGUUUCAUCUUAAAAACCUUUCCUGAAAAAUUUGAAAUUUGACAACAAUCUAAAGAGCAUUCUUGCUAUUCACUUUUCUAAAUUCCUUUGUAUGUAUACUUGAAUAAUGUUAAAUUAACAAGAAAGAUGAAUAACUGCAUUGAAUUGCCUUUAGAUAAGUUUAAGAUUUUAACUUCAUCUCUUAUUGUCAAUAUAAAAGGUAAAUAAUCCGUAUAAUGAUAUUGAAAAACUACUUUGAAAAACAUGUAUUAAACUUGUCAUUCUCUUGUAAUUAUUUAAUAUAUCCAUGUGAAAAUAUUCACAGAUGUUUCAAAUGAAGGAAAAAGUUGUUACUCCUGAUUAAAUCAUAUGCCUUCAUCUAUCA